AUGAAGAAGGUCGUUCUCGACUUCUCUACAGACCUCUUCGACAGCCACGUUAACUUGCCUCUCCACCAUAUGGAGGAAGAUGAACAUGUCAUUCCAGAGGUCCUCCCUUCCAAAAUUCGACAUGCCAUCAUGUCGGUGAAGAAUCGUACUUCACCCGGUCCCGACAAAAUCAAGUCUGAGCAUCUGAAGAACUUCCCGCCGAUCCUUAUCAUCACGCUGGCGAGGCUCUUCACUCUUUAUCUGUCGGAAUUGAAGGUUUCUAGGCAACGUAAAAGCAGCAGGAGCAUGCAGUUGUACAAGAAGGGAAUCCACAUGACAUCGGCAACUGUCACCUAA